GUCAGUGUUCGAAAAUGGCUGCUGUACUAAAAGGUAUUGUCAACACCGUUAAACCUAAUUUGGCUACUUUUGUAAAGUAUGCAAAAGUUGAACUUACUCCUCCCUCACCAAAAGACAUUCCAGCAGUAGCAAGUGGAAUCAAAAAUAUAUUAUCAUCAGCAAAGACUGGAAAGUGGAAGAAUAUUACUGUCAGGGAAGCAUGGCUGAACACCCUCGUGACCGUUGAAGUAUUUUGCUGGUUUUAUGUCGGAGAAUGUAUUGGAAAGAGAUCUAUUGUUGGGUAUAAAAUCGAAGUGUAAAUAGAAUUAAGGGGGAAAAUAUAGAAUUUUAAAUGUGUAUUAUAUAUAAAUGCUAGUAAAUUAAUUUUCUUUGUUUUGUAAUUUUUCCAUUUCCUUUAUUAUUUCUGCUGUCCAAUAAAUUUCGUAAUAGCUAGAUUAUUAAUAUAAAGGUUGAUCAUCAUAUAUAUCCCUAAAACCUAAUAAGUUAAUCAUUUAUAACUUAAUUGAUUGCCUAAGAAUGAGAAACAUGAGGAAUGGUUACAAGGAGAGUCAUUUAAAUGAAUCCAAAAGAACAAAGAUAGAUGCCAUACUGCCAUCUGAUUACAUGGCAUGUAAUAAUUGUGUUCCUUCUCUUAGGUGAUUCUCUAAGUUACUUUGCCUUAUCAAAUUUUCUAGCUAGUCACUCCUGAGUGGCUCUGUCCUAAACUUAUUUUUUUUUUUACUAUCAGUUAUGAUAUAGCUGAGCCUCAAAUAGUUAAGAAGCAGUGCUUAUUAUUGUCAGGGUGGUUUUCUUAGGACUUGAUAAAUUGAUUUGACGUAAAUAAAUUGAUAGCAAGAAAUUUUUGUUUAUUUUGGCUUAAUGUUCUUAUGUAUUAUAAUUAGGCAGGAAGGAUGGAUUAUCCAUCAGGUAACCGUCCUAUUCUUACCUGUGUGUUAAUUUUGAUAUUUAUUUUGUGGGUCUGCUAGAAAUCUUUUAAUCACCUUGGCCAGAUUCGAACUGGUGCUGCUUCUGAGUAGAGAAUGCUAAAACAGGCAAUGUCUUAUUAAACAUGCCCACCACGGCUUCGCUAGCAAGAUGCUUGGAAAUUAAAAUGGUUCAUAUUGUAAAAAAAGUAUUAAUUGCAAACAUAGUCAGCUACUAAAGCAAAAUCCCUUGCUGAUAUUGUUUAACUGGAGGCUGGAUUUGAAUACAGUUCUAAAAAAAAACCUAAAAUAUUCGUAGAAGUUUUUAUUUUAUUCAGACAGUUAUAUCAAUAUAAAUUUCGUAUUAGAUAAUUCCUAUUUUUUCACUCCUUAACGGGUAGUAUGUAUUUAUUUUAAAAUCAAUGACACCGUUUACGAUAUUCUAGAAUUACUUCUAGUCAGGUUCAUUUAGUAAUAAAUUUGUUACAGAAUUUUUAUUAUUGGGUAUUCCAUGGAAAUAAAUUGUGAAAAUUUAAUAUCUGAUAGAAUUUAUGUUACUUUUUUUGUGAUAUCAACAUCAAUAAUAUAACUGAAAUCUCGAUGUUGAAAAAUUUCCAAGAUUUGAACUAAAAAUAUCAAAUGAAAUUCUCAAAUUAGUACAUAACUCAAUACGGCAUUUGUAUUCAUUUGAAAAAUAAUUUAAUCUCCUAGUUAUUGCAGGACUACUUAUUCUUGGUCAACUAAUUUUGCCUAAGAAGAAAAAACUAAUAUUUGAUAAAUAUUAAUAAUAACAUUUCCUAAUAAGUUAAAUAAAUUCAUAUUAAUAAACAUUGACCUACAAAAAAUUACCACGAAAGUCAUAAAUUUGAAGAACCUUACCUUAUGGAUUGAUCAUAUCCCUUCCAUUAUUUGUUAUUGAGAUUAUUCCAGAUCAGCCUUAACGCAAUCUUCCUACCUUCGCUUUGGUCUACCCCUUGGACGAUUGCCAGCUGGUACAGUGUAUUUAACAUUUUAGGAAUUUUUUUCUUCACUAAGCCCAGUGAUUUUACAUGCCCAUUUUAUUUGUCUCAACUUAAUCAUCUCAAUUAUAUUAACUGGAUACAGUUCACGGAAUUCAGCGUUGUGUAACCACCUUAAUUCUCCGGUUGGCUUGUCCUUUUUCGGUCCGAAUAUUCUCCACAAUACUUUAUUUUCCAAAACCUUAAGACGUUGCUCAUCCCUUAAUGUAAGUGGCCAUGUUUUGCAUCCAUAAAUAACUGUUGGAAGAGUAAUGGUUUUGUAAAUUCUAAUUUUUAAGUUUCAGGACACAAGGUGAGAACUAAAUAGAGUUUUAACAGAGAAAAAUAACAAGCAUUAUCCGCCUUCAACCUAACCAUAAUUUUCUCUUCAAUUUCGUUUUUCAAGUUAUCGUAGACUCUAGAUACCUAAAAUUCUGUUACAUACAUUCCUCUCUAUAUCAAUAUCAUCAAAAUUGUUGUAGCUAACCAUAUAUUUUGUCUUAGCCGUAUUAAUCUUGAGUCCUAGUUCUUUAUCGGGUUUCAUCAAUGUUGUUGUAGUUUUAUUGUUUCCAUGUCAUAACAGUACCAAAUCAUCAGCAUACCCAAGCACGGAUAUCGUUCCAACGAGGUUCAAUCCUUUUUCGAUAUGUAUCACCUCUAAUGCCAGAUUAAAUGGAAUAGGUGAAAGAGAAUCACUUGUUUUAAGCCUGAACAAACCUCAAAUUUCUCUGAUAAAUAACAACCGAUUCUAACUUUAAUGUUUCCGUCAACCACAUUCUAACUAAAUUCACUAAUUUUUUUGGGAUCCCCUGCUCGAUUAGAAUAUUACAUGGCUUCCGGCGGUCAAUGGAAUCAUAAGCCUUUUUGAAAUUGAUAUAAAGCUGGUGAACAACACCGUUGUACUCAAAUUUUUUCUUUAAUACUUGAUCGAUUUUAUUUUAUUAGUCGAAAAUUUCCGCCUAAAUCCGCAUUAGAUUAAAAAUAAUAAAUAUUAUUUUAAUGGUAUAAAAAUCAUUAAUAUAUAAGAUGGACGAUUUUGAUUGUAGCUGUAAGUUUUCGCAUCAUAUAUUCUUCCAUUUCAUAGUUAAUGAGCAUGAUGGGAAAGAGUAUUAGACCAGGUGUGUAAGACAGGGCAUCGGUAUAUUCAAAUGAAAAUUGACAAAAUGUUUUAAAUCAGAUAACCAUGAAGAUCCUGAAUGAGGUGAAAAUUAGUAUAAUUUUAUAAUACAUUAUUUUAUUAAUGGAGACUAGAAAGGCCUAAAUUAUUUACCUAUUCUUCCAUUUCUAUAUCUCACACCUUUCUAAGCCAAUUUGGCCGGAUUUUAAUCUUUUUCCACCUGUAUAUAUUGUCUUUAGCUAUUUUCUAUUUUAUCUUAUUUAUUUAUGAUAUUUACAACUGUAUUAGUAUAAAUACAUCAAGUAAAUGUGUGCAGAGCAAUAUAAUCACAUGAAAAUGCUUGUUGAGAAACUACUCGUUGGUAGCACUCUAAUAAUAUGCCUACGUAAGAAGAUCACGAGGCCAUCUUCUUUUCAGAUGCCUUGAAGGGUUAUCAGGAAUCGAAGAGGAAGCAAGAUUAGAAACAAGAGGAUUCUGAUGUUUAUUAUAGAAGGAUAGGUAUCUGGAUUGGUCCAAAUAGGAAACGUAUGAACAUUAAGGUCUUUAUGGAUCAUUUUAUUUGUGACAAAGUAAAGAGCAUUUGAGGAUUUUGGAUUGGAUACAAGAGGAGUUUGAUGGUUUAGCGGAGUCACAUAGCUCAACUCCGUAAGCCCAAAUAAAUCUUAUUAUGGUCAUCAUUUAUAUGAGUUUUUUGUAAUUAAUUAUUAGUUUAGAGCAUUUGUCUAGUAAUUGUUGGAGUAAGCAGAAACGUUGAGCAGUUUCUUGUCAUUUCAGUCUUGUAUGAGGAUUCCAUAUUGGACGUUUGUCCAGGUGGAGUCCUUGGUACCGGAAUUUGUUCAACAGGGAUAAGUGGGGUGUUAUUAAAGGAUACUGUAGGACAGGAAGUCAUAGGUUUAUGAGGAAGGGUAAAGGUGAUUUGAUGGGAUUUAUUUUAAUCCUCCAAUUCUUGACACCUUUCUUCAAGGUUUUUGAUAUGUGAUUGUAGAGUUUGGGAUGCAAUUGAUGGAUCGUUAUUAACUGAUAGGAUACAUGUGUCAUCGGCAUACUUAGUGAUGACAGUGUUAGGAUAUCAGCUGAAUAAACUGUGUAAAGGAUAGGGCCAAGGAUGCUACCUUGAGAACCACCGGCAGAUUGAGAAAAGAGGGUUGAAUAGAUGUUAUUGUGAUUUACUUUGACGUGUCUAUCAGUAAGGUAGAAACUGAUGAUGAGAAAGUAUGUAGGGGAAAGGAAUUCACGGAGUUUGAAAAGCAAUCCCGGGUUCCAGACUCGAUCAAAGGCCUGUUCUAUCUUAUUAAAUUCCAUUUUUAAAAGACUGUACUUGGUAGAUAACAUUACAAUCGAUGUUUUGCUGUUAUGGUUUUUCCCAUUUUUAGAGUGCUUUGUCUACUCUACUCCUUUGAAUUUCAUUAAGCAGGGAUAAAAUUAAUAUUGUCAUGAUUAAUAAAAGAUUAGAGUUUAAGAAAACUUAAAAUAGAAACUACAUUAAAUAAAUCAGAAAGUUUACUUUAGAAUUACUAAAUAUAUAAGCUAUAACAGUUUUAAUAACAGUAAUUUUGAUAUCCAUUUUAUUACCAUAUUUGAAAUAAUUGUUCAUCAUCAAGUUUAAUUGUAUAGAUAUAAUAAACUGUAAUAUUAUAAGUAAAACUUGACUAAAGACAUAUUUAUCAAAUUCUUUCAAUCAAUAAGACAGAACUAGAAUAAAAUUUAGCAUCUCUUAACAUAAUCAGUCUAGGGAUUGUUAUAUAAUACUGAGCAGUCUAAAGUAUUAGCCUUAUUCACAAUAUGUUAAAAACGAGAUUAUAUGUAAAAUAAGGUGAAUCACAAAGCUCAAUAUGACAAUAGAUAUUAUUUUACUAAAAAAAAAAUGUUUAAUUACAAACUUCAGGAACAAUUAUAAUUACAGAACAAAAAUACAAAUAGGUUAAGUAAUUAAUGUUAGAAACAUUAAUAAGAAGGAAAAUAUACAACAAUAUAGUUAAAUUAACUAUUUCCUCUCACUAUUUAAUACAUCUCAAAUGUGCUAAAUUUGUCAAAAUAAUGAUGGUGGCGAUGAUCUAAAAAUCAGGAGGAAAUCGUGACUGACUAUAUACAAAUUGUAAUACUAACAUCAUUAAGCCGACUACAAUUAAAAAACAUGAUGCUCCCUUCCUCCUAAUGAUUGAGAGAGGACGACCAUCUGUGCCUGCGCUGCCGCUCGCAGUGAGAGGAUGUGGCUGGCUUCUUUUUCACUCUUGGCCAGAGGGAGAGCUUUGUCGAACAGAGUAACCGCUCGCAUCAAAUUACCUCUGCAAACAGACGGAACAUACAUGUAAUAUUAAUAUUAUGGAUACCUACUUGACAUAGUACAAACAUAUUUUUCGA